GGAGGAAGGCAGCCGGCUGGAACGCGGGCGUCCCGUGUCGAAGUGUCCAAGGAGACCGCCCGAAGUGCGCCAGCCGGAGCCUGUGAGAGUUCCCUUCUGGCCGAGAGGGGGAGCCCCGCGUUCCCGGCCGGGAGCGACCCGGAGUCCCGCGCCCCGAGCCCCAGCCGCCGCCAGCGCCAGAUUGGGCUUCAGCCGAUUAGGAAGAGGAGGGAGGGGGCAGAGCGCGCGCAGAGGGAGGGCAGCGGAGCCGGAGGGUCCCGAGUCCAGCGCGGUGUUGACGUAGAGAAAGUUUCCCUCGCUGCCGCGGAAACGGCGCCCCGGCCGUGCGGGAGCGGCGAUCGCCCGGCUCCGAGGACCCAGCGGCCCCCCGCGCCCCUGCGCGAAGCCUCGCCGGACGCAUCCCUCAGCAAGUUAUAUGUGAUUGCAUCUGAUAUACAUUGGAAAGUGAUAGAAGAAUUCUGAUGGAAACUGUGUGAUUGAAGCUACAUAAAAUCAAGUGUCUCUCUCUCUCUAUAUAUAUUUCAACUAUAUUUGAACAAACUCAGGUUAUAAAACGUGAUUGAACUGAACAUUUCUUUGCUUGAUCCUCAUCAUGAACCGUGCUUUUAGCAGAAAGAAAGACAAAACAUGGAUGCAUACUCCUGAAGCUUUAUCAAAGCAUUACAUCCCCUAUAAUGCAAAGUUUCUUGGCAGUACAGAAGUGGAACAGCCUAAAGGAACAGAAGUUGUGAGAGAUGCUGUAAGGAAACUAAAGUUUGCAAGACAUAUCAAGAAAUCUGAAGGCCAGAAAAUUCCUAAAGUUGAAUUACAAAUAUCUAUUUAUGGAGUAAAAAUUCUAGAACCCAAAACAAAGGAAGUCCAACACAAUUGCCAGCUUCAUAGAAUCUCAUUUUGUGCAGAUGAUAAAACUGACAAGAGGAUAUUCACUUUCAUAUGCAAAGAUUCUGAGUCAAAUAAACACUUGUGCUAUGUAUUUGACAGCGAGAAGUGUGCUGAAGAGAUAACUUUAACAAUUGGCCAAGCAUUUGACCUGGCAUACAGGAAAUUUCUAGAAUCUGGAGGAAAAGAUGUUGAAACCAGAAAGCAGAUUGCAGGGUUACAGAAAAGAAGCAGCAGAAGCAGCAGAUGCUGGAUCCAAGACUUAGAAACAGAAAAUGUGGAACUGAAAAAUAAAGUGCAAGAUUUGGAAAAUCAGUUAAGAAUAACUCAAGUAUCAACAUCUAAAGCGGGCAGUGUGAUGACUAAUUCGCCCUCCACUGACAUCUUUGAUAUGAUUCCGUUUUCUCCAAUAUCACACCAGUCUUCGCUACCUACUCGGAACGGCACACAGCCACCUCCCAUACCCAGUAGAUCUUCUGAGAUUAAACGAGAUCUGUUUGGAGCAGAACCUUUUGACCCGUUUAACUGUGGAGCAGGGGAUUUUCCUCCAGAUAUUCAAUCAAAAUUAGAUGAGAUGCAGGAGGGGUUCAAAAUGGGACUAACUCUUGAAGGCACAGUAUUUUGUCUGGACCCGUUAGACAGCAGGUGCUGAUGUCAAGAAUAAAAGAUCCUGACUCAUGUUAAAUUUGUUUAUAUACAUAUAUAUCAUUCAUUAUUACUUUAUGACAGGUAUUAUACAUGUGCCAAUAUAUUUUUGAAUAUAUUUUGACAAUUAUUUCAGUAAAAUUUCCAACAUUUUUGUUGACCUGUAACUUUUAUUUUCAAAACAAGUUACUGUAAGGUAUAUCAUAGUUUGACAUUCCUGUUUGCUUUGGUGGUAGAUGGAUUUAUAAUUGAAAGACAAAUCCAAGUUUCUGACUUUGUGUUGGAGUUCUAAAUAAUUAGCACCUUGGAAUCUGUGUUACUUCUCUAGUCUGCUAGCUUAUUAUUGAUUUCCCAAAAGCCAUACAUUAAUAAUACCUUUUAAAAUUCAUAAGAGUUUUACAUGGCCAAAUAAAUACAUUGUAUUUUCUAGCCAUGUUUCCAUUCAUCAGAGAGAGAUCAUUAUAAGUAUAAUAUUAUUCACGUAUUGGGAAAUGUAAACUUUGAAAUAAUGCCACCAGAUCUUUAGCAGGUAAAGUAACAGGACUAUAAAUUCCAAUAAUUAUUAAACCAAAUACAUUUAGAGUAUUUAUUAGUAAAUACAAGGUAAUAACGGUAGUUUAUUAUUAUCAGUUAUACUCUAAAUAUUUUGUUUGUUUUACAAAUAAAGAAUGGAAAAAGCUGAAAAUUUGCUAUUUACAGAAAACCGUAAUUUCAUUUAUAGAGAGAUAAGUUACAUUACUAUAACACCUAAACAUCAUCUUAUCUGAUAUUUCCUAAAAAAAAAAAAAACAUUUGGAAUAUAUGCUGCUUUUACAUGCAAUGUCUAUUAUUCACAUACACUUUACCAAGUAUAUUUAUUAUCAUUAAAAAAGGACCAUCUGUCUCAUAUUUUUUUGCUUCAAUAAAAAUAUUUUCUCUUCAAAGUUCAUUUUAUGAUGCCCAUUAGUUUUGAUAUUUUCAAAAUCCCUGUGGCAACUAUUCUAUAUGAUUUAUAAAUUAUUUAACAAAUUUAAUUUGUUUUAUUCUGUUGAAGUCACAAUCUCAUCUUUCACAAAAAUCAGGCUGUUGCUAAGUUUGGCCUUGGAUAUGAGCAAUAAAAUUCUAUGGCAUCUCAUUCUGGAUAUGCUUAUGAACAUUGACUUUAAAAUUUUUGAAACAGAUUAUUUGCCCAUUAUUUAACAAAGUAAGUUUUAUGCAUUGCAACAAAGCUUAGUUGCAAAAUGUCUAAUUUUAUCUAUCACAUUCUAAGACAAAAAUUAAUUAACGAAAAUAUGGGUUUAGAUUGGGAGUAGCCCUGGAAAAUCAGUUUUUUUUUCUCCCAUCAGAAUUUUCUUCAAGUGUUAAAAGUACAUUUUUUCUGCAUUGAUUUUUUUUAAAGUACACUUUCAGUAGGAACAGAAAUCAUACAUGCUUAUGCAAUAUUAUAUUUUUAUGUACCUCCAUAAUGUUCUGAUAUAUAUAAGCCUUCUUGUUUUCUGUUACCUAUUAUGUUGUUCCUUUAUAGAGGGUAGUACAUGUUUCAUAAAGGAGAGUCUUUAUAGUUUUGUUUGUCAUAUAGUAUUUUGGAAUUUGUAUAAUGAGGAUGUUUAGAAGCCAUAUAAAUGGCUUUUUUUUAACAAAUAGAAUUUGUAUUUUUAUUGUACUUUAAAAGCUUUAUGUAAUAGCUAUAAAUGUAGUGGCCAUUUAUUAUCAAUGGUAACACAAUAGAGUACUGAGAUAUUUGCACAUUUAAGAUAUGUUACUUUACCAAUUUUUAAUGGUAAUCAGUUAUGCUACUGGCAUGAUUAAAUAGUACAUAAUUGGUCCUUAAUUAUGAACAUUUAUUCCACCAGUGGAUUUUUAUGAAGAUCUGGCUAAAAAUUGUAUUUCUU